CACGGUCGAUCAAUUUUUUUUCUGCGAACCGUCUUCUUUUCGGUGGACCCCGAAAAAACUGUUGACAGUCAACAGACUUUUGCUGAAACGGAAGGAACCGCUGGUGAAACGUGAAACGGUGCCGUUUCCUAACCGAACUGCGCGUUGAAAUUCGCGGAUUGACCUUGAGGAGUGUUGUGUUGUGUGCAGAUCAGUGACAUUCAGGUGGACGUUUGGACGGUUACAAUUUGACAAAUGGACUGUGAAAAUUAAUGGUGAAAAGUGGAAAAUCAAUCGGGUGCGUUUGAACAAAGAUCGAGCGAUUUUUGCGGCUGUUUUGAGGAUUGAAGCGUGAAUUAACGCCGUUCCUGCGUGGCCCCGAUCCACCCCCUUGCUGGUGCUGGUGGUUCCCCCGAAGGGACCAAACACCACCACGCGAGAAUGAGGCGGAGGAUACUCAGCCUAAACUCGUUAGGCUUAAUUUUGCUCGUUCAGUCCACUGCGGUGCUGUCACAGCUGUUUCCGCUGGAGGAAAGUGAGUACACAAAUGCACUAGCACCGAGAAAGUACCCGCGGCAGGCCAAUUCGGUCGCGCCUCGUUACGAUCAUACCCACAUUGAGACGAUUGAUGUCACUUGUGACCAGAAGAAUGGCAUGUUCGUCACCAUCGAGUUCGAGUCGGACUUCCAGGGUAUCAUCUACAGUCAGGGUUACUUUAACGAUCCAAAGUGUCGUUACGUGACUCCGGGUCGGGGUGGGCGACAGUUCUCGUUCACUGUGCCGUUCAAUGGCUGUGGAAGCAAGCCAUCUUGCUCGGUGUGUUCGUCCGUGGACAACGUGCUGGUCAUCCAGAGCGAUGAAGAUGUUCAGGAAGCUUGGGAUACUGCCCGGCGAAUUUCCUGCAGCCAGGUCGAGCAGCAACAGAACACCAUCUUCUUCAAGCCUUUCGUUGUGGACAUGCUGGAAGUGGUCAAUGUCCCGACUGCUACAGGAGGCGUUGAAUGUUGGAUGGACAUCCAGCGAGGAUCGUACCCAAGCAUAUCUCCGAUCCCGAGUAUCAUUAAGAUCGGCGAAGCGCUCAGUAUCCUGGUAUAUCUGAGAGAUCCACGUGGAGAGUAUGACGUAUCGGUUAGGGAUUGUUAUGCUUACGAUAGCCCCGAUUACGAUGCACAGGGUACAAAACGACUGCAACUUUCCGACAAAAAUGGAUGCUCCAGAAAGAAGAAGCUGUUUGGUCAAUGGCAAAAGACGACGCAGACUGGCAACACGGGAGCAACUCUCAUUGUGCACAAUGACAUCAAGGCGUUCAAAUUCCCCGAUCGGAUGCAGGUGUUCCUCAAGUGUGAUAUUGAAAUUUGCCGAGGAGGCUGUGGUCCGCAAGUCUGUGAAAUCGAAGAACUAGUCAAAGCUGUUGAGGGUUCAACUACAACUAAACGACCAACUCCCGCUGCUACAGUUCCCCCACGUCGAGGAACUCGACCACCGCAAACUAUUCCGGCCACGUUCCCAACUCGCGGUCGUCGACCAGUUUCAACUGCUCAACCAUCCGUCCCUAUCACGACCCAACGAACCGUGACAUAUACCACGCAGACACCGCAACGCCGAACUCGGCCAACGACUGCCGCUCCAGCGUACCAACCAACCACAACUGCUCCUCAGCGACGCCGUACACGACCACCAACCGUUGCAACCACUGAGUUUGUUUGCGCGCCAGGAUCCACAGAUGAUCGGUGCAACACUAUUCUCGUUACCGAUAAGCCCAACUGCUAUCGAGGUUCUCGAGACCCACGGUGUCGUCAACAAGCAACACCUGCACCAGCUACUACUCCAGCACCACUGCGUUGCUUCCCGGGAUCUACGGACCCUCGUUGCCCAACAGUCGCACCAGCUCCAACUACCCCGGCAUCUCCUCGUUGUUUCCCGGGCUCAAGAGAUCCACGUUGUCCAACAGUUGCACCAGCUCCCACUACCCCGGCACCUCCACGUUGCUUCCCAGGAUCCACCGAUCCACGAUGCCCAACAAUUGCUCCCCCAACAACUCCGGCUCCUUUGAAGUGCUUCCCUGGCUCCAACGACCCACGAUGCCCAACCGAACCACCGGUAACUACUCCGGCACCGCCACGUUGUUUCCCAGGCUCAUCGGAUCCACGUUGCCCAACCACGUUCCGUCCUUCUACCGAGCGUGCUACCCGUCCCACAGGACGUGGCACACGACCAACUGGCCGAGGAACUAGACCCCCGAGACCGGUCACCGAGGCACCCAUCUACGUACCUCCAGUUGAGAGUCAAAGAACAACUUCAGCUCCGGAUUGUUACCCGGGAUCGACUGACCGACGUUGUCCACGACCAGUACCGUCAACCCCGCGACCAGUGGAAGAAGUCAGACCAUCACCAUCUGAGCCCAAUUGUUACCCCGGGUCAAACGAUCCACGUUGCCGUACGCCUGUGCUCAGAUGUACCCCAGGCUCAACUGAUCCUCGUUGCCCGGGAGCACGACCCACGACUUCAGCACCAAGAUGUUAUCCUGGUUCCCAGGAUCCAUCUUGCUUCGAGGCACCUACGUACCUGCCGCCAGAGCAAUCAACAACUACUACACAGCGACCGACUCCACCACCGACCACGGCUGCCCCAAGAUGUUAUCCAGGAUCACCCGACCCACGGUGUCCUCAAACGACUACACGCACGACUACGCAAGCACCUCGCUGCUACCCAGGCUCCACGGAUCCACGCUGUCCUCAAACGACACCGGCUGCUCCCACUACGACGCCUGCUCCACGCUGUUAUCCAGGUUCCUCUGAUCCUCGAUGCCCAACUACUCCACGGCCAACUCCAACGACGACUGCGGCCCCACGUUGCUAUCCGGGAUCGACCGAUCCCCGGUGUCCAACAUCUCCACCAACCACCCAACCUCCCACCUAUCUUCCCCCACAAACAACCGCUGCUCCAAGAUGUUAUCCAGGCUCUUCUGAUCCUCGUUGUCCUGUGCAAACCACUGCCGCGCCAAACUGCUACCCAGGAAGUACGGACCCACGUUGUCCCAAGCCCGUAACUACUACACAACGACCUGUGCCUACUACGCAACCGGCGCCCAGAUGUUAUCCGGGUUCCACUGAUCCGAGAUGUCCAACGACUCCUCGUCCUACGACCACUGCGGCACCAAACUGCUACCCAGGCUCCACAGAUCCACGUUGUCCGAAACCCGUAUCGACCACGCCUGCAUUGAGAUGUUAUCCGGGAUCUCCUGACCCACGGUGCCCAACAACGCCACGUCCAGCGCCAACGACGACACCGGCUCCAAGAUGUUAUCCGGGCUCAACGGAUCCACGUUGCCCGCAACCAGUAACUACUACACAACGACCUGUGCCCACAACGACACCAGCUCCAAGAUGUUACCCGGGCUCCACUGACCCAAGAUGUCCAACAACACCUCGUCCAACGACAACUGCCGCUCCCAACUGCUACCCUGGAUCCACAGAUCCUCGUUGUCCAAAGCCGGUGUCAACUACGCCAGCUCUGCGGUGCUACCCGGGAUCGACCGACCCACGAUGCCCAACAACGCCACGGCCGACCACAACUCCGCGACCUGCACCAACAACAACACCAGCUCCACGUUGCUACCCGGGAUCCGCUGACCCACGUUGCCCACAACCGCCACCAACGACUCAACCUCCAACCUAUCUUCCUCCGCAAACGACCGCUGCUCCCAGAUGCUAUCCAGGAUCUACUGAUCCUCGUUGUCCUGUGCAAACCACUCCGAAGCCCAACUGCUACCCGGGAAGUACGGACCCACGCUGUCCCAAGCCUGUAACUACCACACAGCGGCCUGUGCCUACUACGCAACCGGCUCCAAGAUGUUAUCCAGGUUCCAGUGACCCGAGAUGUCCAACAACUCCAAGACCAACAACUACUGCUGCACCAAACUGCUACCCAGGAAGUACGGACUCACGUUGCCCUAAGCCUGUGACUACUACACAGCGGCCUGUUCCUACCACGACACCAGCUCUCCGAUGCUACCCAGGCUCGACGGAUCCACGUUGCCCUGUGCAAACCACGCCGAAACCAAAUUGCUACCCAGGUAGUACGGAUCCUCGUUGCCCCAAACCAGUAACUACUACACAGCGUCCAGCGCCGACUACGACUCCGGCUCCAAGAUGUUAUCCAGGUUCCACCGAUCCAAGAUGUCCAACAACUCCAAGACCAACGACCACUGCCGCUCCCAACUGUUACCCAGGAUCCACAGAUCCUCGUUGUCCAAAGCCGGUGUCAACUACGCCAGCUCUGCGGUGCUACCCGGGAUCGACCGACCCACGAUGCCCAACAACGCCACGGCCGACCACAACUCCGCGACCUGCACCAACAACAACACCAGUUCCACGUUGCUACCCGGGAUCCGCUGACCCACGUUGCCCACAACCGCCACCAACGACUCAACCUCCAACCUAUCUUCCUCCGCAAACGACCGCUGCUCCCAGAUGCUAUCCAGGCUCUACUGAUCCUCGUUGUCCUGUGCAAACCACUCCGAAGCCCAACUGCUAUCCGGGCAGUACGGAUCCGCGCUGUCCCAAGCCUGUAACUACUACACAGCGGCCUGUGCCCACAACGACACCAGCUCUUCGAUGCUACCCAGGCUCGACGGAUCCUCGUUGCCCUGUGCAAACUACUCCAAAGCCAAAUUGCUACCCAGGUAGUACGGAUCCUCGUUGCCCCAAACCGGUAACUACCACACAGCGACCAGUGCCCACAACGACACCAGCUCCGAGAUGUUAUCCAGGUUCCACUGACCCGAGAUGUCCAACAACUCCUCGUCCAACGACCACUGCCGCACCAAACUGCUACCCAGGAAGCACGGAUCCACGUUGUCCUAAACCAGUUUCCACCACACCAGCUCUGAGAUGUUAUCCGGGAUCGACCGACCCACGGUGCCCAACAACGCCGCGACCAACGCCAACGACGACGCAGGCUCCUCGUUGCUACCCAGGCUCGACGGACCCCCGUUGUCCUAAGCCUGUAACUACCACCCAGCGACCCGUGCCCACUACCACACCGGCUCUUCGCUGCUACCCAGGCUCGGCAGAUCCUCGUUGUCCAACGACUCCCCGUCCAACGACAACAACCCGUGCUCCGUGCUAUCCAGGAUCGCCGGACCCGGCCUGCCCACGACCAUUCUACACCACCACCCCGUCGUCUUGCUACCCAGGCUCGCCGGAUCCUAACUGCCCGCAACCGUACAGGCCCAGCAGUACCAACCCACCGGCCACUUACCUGCCACCACUGCCAGCCGGACUGCGCAUCGUACGCCACUUGAGCGAAAGCACGCUGAACGACAUCAACGCCCUGGCGGAACAACCGGAACCGGCCACCAUCGAGGAGGUUAACGUCGAGGAGAACCAAAACACGCUGCUGGAGCGCAGCAAGCGGGACCUGUCCGAGUCCGCCAAGGAAAUCAUUUCAAUCACGCUCAGCGUAAAGGGCUUCCAGUUUGAGCCCCACUCGAAAUAGGGAAUUUAACCUCGCGUUAAGAAUACGGGAUGAUUCUUGCAGAAGAAGGAAAAAUACUCUUUAUUUUUAUGUGUUAACACUAGCGAAAGCUGCCACCCCUCCCAUAGUCUGUACAAAGAUUCGAAGUUAUGAACACAUUUGAUGCUAUGAGCUAGUGAGUACCAGGCGUGCAAGCAUAGUUUCAUCGGGAAUCGCUGUCCCCCCCCCCCCUAAAACUGUACAUAUAGCGGAAUGACAAGAAGGAUUACGAAGUUGUUGUUGUAAAUAAAGUCAAAUUGAAUAAAUGGUUU